GCGUUGCCCGAGACAUGCCGCCAGGAGGGGGAGUGUCCAUCACGUCGAUCAACCGCGAGACGGACCUCGACGAGAUGAUCGAGGAGGUCAAAAGGCGCAAGGAAGCCGGAAUGCCCUCCUUGGGCAAGGCCAGCAUGGUCGACUACGAGCUUUGCAAGUCCCGUGAUGAGGCGCAGCGCAUAGCCCGGCCACAUCUCUUCUUCGAUUCGCAGAAGCACGUAGACAAGGUUCGGGCAAAGCUCGCGGAGAAUCCUGACUUCAAAGUCAUGUACAACCCCUCGGUGUCCAUGAACGACCACUCUGUGAGUACUAUCGCCAAAAGCGUCGCUGGGAGCAGUACAUUCGUAGACUUGCUGAAGCGGCAGUACGGGCAGGUCUAA